ACAGGUGCCAAAUGAGCUUCAGUAGAACAACAGGGAACUGCGGUCUGAUGGGAUAUUGUUAUAUGUCAGUAAAACAAGCUUUCCUGUCCUGUCAGCCGUUUUACUGUGCUCACGACGCACACUCUUCAACUGUAUGCGAAUAUGAGGCGCACACUCUAUCACUUCAUCAUAAAAAACCGCACUAGAAACUGCGAGGAUAUAUCGUCAGUCACGAAAUUACCAAAAAGGCGAUUGAAGCUGCAAAGCUGUGCAUGCAUGUAUGUGCAUUACAUUUACAUUUAAAAACGUCUCUCAAAUGCAUGCAGUCUACUGAUAUAUUCUGCGAUUCGAAAUCACAAUAGUGCGCAAGAUGAUAGGCUAUGUAAUUUUUUAAUUUUUUUAUUUAAUGCACAAGUAGGCCAUAAAAUGCAUAAAAUAACUCAUUUUACAUUUUUGCAUUAUUUUCCUUUGUACAGAGCUCGAUUUAGGUAUGAUAAAAGUGCUGCAAUUAAUUAAUUUUGACAACUAAUAGAAUGUUAGAAUAGAAAUGGCUGAUAAAUGUUUCAGAGUUCAAUGAUUAUGUAAAAUUCAGUGAAGGUUGACUAUAUAUGCAUGUCUCAUCCAUGAGUGGGUCUAUGCAAUGAUGGAGAACAAGAUUUUGGGGGUGUUAAGACCCAGAACCAAGCUUACUGAGCAAUAAAGCUAUAGCGAGCCCUUUUAUUAAAAUACCUGGAGCCUAGGUAAUACAAAAAUAAUAUAAAAAUUGUCAUUCACUCAGUAUUACUUAAUGUAAUUCACAACUAUCUCAGUUACAAUUAUGUACAAAUUAAUUGUAUUCAGUUGUGUUUUAGGCACUAAAACAGUCCAGUACUUUAUGGUCAAAUCCAUUUAUAUGUUGAAAUAAUGAAGAUUUCUGUGCCACCCCAGACUGGUUGUUACCCCCUACCUGGCCACCCCUAUGAAAGAGAAUUCAUUUAUUUGAGAGAAACUGAGAAGAUUGUAAACAAGGAUACAAAACUAGCCACUUUUCACUGAAAAUUGCCGUUGUAAAUUUAAAAUAGGCCAUCUGUGUAAUUCAAGUAGAUUCAAUGAGUUGAAAACUCUUGCUACUUCAUACUUCAAUACAAAACAAUGCUGAACUUUGACCAAAAAAAAAAAAAUUUUUUAAAUGUAAUAAUAGUGAUUUUAUAAUGUCUAAAUAUAAAUCCAUUAGCAAAACAUGUGAAAAGAACUAUAUUACAGAGUGGAAAUGGUAAAGGAGACAAUAAAUGAUCCUCUGCUGCCAUUUAGUGGCCAUAGUGGGAAUCAUAACAUUCAUAUGUAGUAUUUGUUUUUUAGUAGGUGAAAUCUUGGCAGAAAUCUUCCAUUUAGCAAUUCCAUGAAUUAUCUCUUUAAGUAAAGAUGAAAGAAAAAAAAAUGCAGAUGUUCUUUAAAAUAAAAUUGACUAUAUAAAAAUGUGCAAGAAUAUGAAUAACCUUUAGGCAAAUAAAUAAUAUUAUAUUAUAUUAUAUAACAGAGCAAUAUUACAUGUGUUUGAAAAAAAAAUAUAUAUAUAUGUUCUACUGUCUGGGGUCUACCAUCAGGAAUUAAAGUGGAUGUAAUGUGACACACUAUUCUUUUCUUUUUUUCUCUUGUUUUUACUUUUUUCCCUAUGGUAUUAAAAAAGAGGGAAGGGGGUUCAAACCUUUAUCACUUUUUUCACUCCUGAUGAGUCUGUAUCCUUCCAUGCACAAGCUAGUAAUAGGCUUUUGGUCAUUGACUUGCAGAAAGUUUUCUGCGCAAGUUAGUGUUAUGCCGAGUUCACACUGCACGAUUUUAGCCCGAUUUUUCACUCGCCGACAGGUUUUGAUAAAUCGCCGACAAAUGCCCGACAUCGGAGGCAAAUCGGAGCUCGUUCACGCGAGUGACAAUCGCGCAGUGUGAAUUAUCAAAGACGCGAUCUGAGAGAAUCGCCGACACGUCGCCGACGCCUGUGAAAUAUUUGGCAUGCUAAAUAUCUGGAGCUGUCCGCGAUUCACAAUCACGCUGUGUGCAAUGAUUUCUGACUGAAAACUACAUCAGGAUGACCUUCAGCCAAUGAGAGACAAAGAUACAGGGCAGAGGGAAGUUCGGUGAGUUAUAGACCAUAUCAGUAUUUUAAUAUGUACAAUUAUAUCAUACAGAAACAAGCACAAACGCUUGACCAGCCGCAAUAUCAGCAUAACAGUUACUGCAAAAUUAUUAUUUACCACUCUUUGCAGAACACAAUCCAUGUUCCCUGCAUCUCCCUCCUGCAUAAUCUGUUUUUCUUUUUUUUUAGCUGGAAAUCAGCGCACAGACAAUUUGCGGGCUAUAUUUUUUUAAUACUUCCAGUCUCCCUCGAGAACAACGGGCUGACACGCGCAGGUUCUCGCGUUAUUUAUCACUUCUCGUGUGUGUUUUGUUGUGAAACGUAGUUUGCGGAUCAGACAGAGUUGUAGGCGAUUCUUCCUAUUGUGAAAUCGUGCAAUGUGAAAGCCCCUGUCGUCGAUCCAUCGUGCAAUGUGAACACAGCAGCGACUGAAUGCUACCCCAGAUAGUCACGCAGUGUGAAAACAACAGCGAUCCGACGAGUUUGAAAAUCGUGCAGUGUGAACUCGGCAUUAGAGGCUACUAGAAUACAGGGGGGAAUACAGCAGACAAUCAUGUGACUGGCCACGUGAGCAGCGUUACCGGACGUCCAUAUGAGAAACAAUUACCGUCCGAAUCGGGCUAAAGAGGCAGAAUUUACGGACUGCAGCUUUAAGUGAUAAGAAGAAAGAAGAUCAAACAUGUAAUUGAAGGAGGUAAAACAUUGGAAUAACAUGAAGGUCACUUCUCUACAGCGAGGGGGGCUGGGGUUUCUCAGAGGUACAGAGGACAGAGCAGACCAAUGCGGUCUCAUAUGCUUUGGACAAACAGAGAUGGAAUGCUGCAGUGAAAAUCCGUAUCCGAUCAGAUGGUGGAUCGGCACCAAGAGAUGAUGUCUACAGCCCUGAUUGUCAGCGGAGACCAGGACACCCAGAUGAGCCCCAGAGACAUAUCCCCAGUGAAGACCUUGAUUAAAAUACAAUAGAACUAAAAAUAUAACAAAAUAACUAAAAAUAUAAUAAAAUACCUAACUGCAUAAUACUAUUAUUGUUAGAAAUUGCAACAAAAUAAAAAAUAGAAAUAUAAACCUUUGAACUGCGGGUUUCGUCUGGCCAGAGGAGAACUGGCCCCCCGACUGAGCCUGGUUUCUCCCAAGGUUUUUUUCUCCAUUCUUUCACAGAGGGAGUUUUGAUUCCUUGGCGCUGUCGCCUCUGGCUUGCUCAGUUGGGGACACUUAAUUUCUAGCGAUUAUCGUCGAUUUGAUUGCACAGAUACUAUUUAAACUAAACUGAGCUAGACAAUGACAUCUCUGAAUUCAAUAAUGAAUUGCCUUUAACUGAAAAUUGAGUGUUUAAUCUUAUCAUUAUACAAACCCGAUUCCAAAAAAGUUGGGACACUGUACAAAUUGUGAAUAAAAAAGGAAUGCAAUAAUUUACAAAUCUCAUAAACUUAUAUUUUAUUCACAAUAGAAUAUAGAUAACAUAUCAAAUGUUGAAAGUGAGACAUUUUGAAAUAUCAUGCCAAAUAUCGGCUCAUUUUGGAUUUCAUGAGAGCUACACAUUCAAAAAAGUUGGGACAGGUAGCAAUAAGAGGCCGGAAAAGUUAAAUGUACAUAUAAGGAACAGCUGGAGGACCAAUUUGCAACUUAUUAGGUCAAUUGGCAACAUGAUUGGGUAUAAAAAGAGCCUCUCAGAGUGGCAGUGUCUCUCAGAAGUCAAGAUGGGAAGAGGAUCACCAAUUCCCCCAAUGCUGCGGCGAAAAAUAGUGGAGCAAUAUCAGAAAGGAGUUUCUCAGAGAAAAAUUGCAAAGAGUUUGAAGUUAUCAUCAUCUACAGUGCAUAAUAUCAUCCAAAGAUUCAGAGAAUCUGGAACAAUCUCUGUGUGUAAGGGUCAAGGCCGGAAAACCAUACUGGAUGCCCGUGAUCUUCGGGCCCUUAGACGGCACUGCAUCACAUACAGGAAUGCUACUGUAAUGGAAAUCACAACAUGGGUUUAGGAAUACUUCCAGAAAACAUUGUCGGUGAACACAAUCCACCGUGCCAUUCGCCGUUGCCGGUUAAAACUCUAUAGGUCAAAAAAGAAGCCAUAUCUAAACAUGAUCCAGAAGCGCAGGCGUUUUCUCUGGGCCAAGGCUCAUUUAAAAUGGACUGUGGCAAAGUGGAAAACUGUUCUGUGGUCAGACGAAUCAAAAUUUGAAGUUUUUUUUGGAAAACUGGGACGCCAUGUCAUCCGGACUAAAGAGGACAAGGACAACCCAAGUUGUUAUCAGCGCUCAGUUCAGAAGCCUGCAUCUCUGAUGGUAUGGGGUUGCAUGAGUGCGUGUGGCAUGAGCAGCUUACACAUCUGGAAAGGCACCAUCAAUGCUGAAAGGUAUAUCCAAGUUCUAGAACAACAUAUGCUCCCAUCCAGACGUCGUCUCUUUCAGGGAAGACCUUGCAUUUUCCAACAUGACAAUGCCAGACCACAUACUGCAUCAAUUACAACAUCAUGGCUGCGUAGAAGGAUCCGGGUACUGAAAUGGCCAGCCUGCAGUCCAGAUCUUUCACCCAUAGAAAACAUUUGGCGCAUCAUAAAGAGGAAGAUGCGACAAAGAAGACCUAAGACAGUUGAGCAACUAGAAGCCUGUAUUAGACAAAAAUGGGACAACAUUCCUAUUCCUAAACUUGAGCAACUUGUCUCCUCAGUCCCCAGACGUUUGCAAACUGUUAUAAAAAGAAGAGGGGAUGCCACACAGUGGUAAACAUGGUUAUAUACAUAACCUAGGGACGAUUUCUUCUUUUAUCAUGACAUUUAGUCAUGUAGAUACUGGAUUUAAUCAAUUUCUGUCCACAACAGAAUUUGUUUCAUGCACUGUGAAAGCCUUCUCCUUUUGGGUCGCACUCCUAACACAUCAUUUUCAGCACCGGCUCUCUUAAAGGAGGAGUACAUAUACAUACAAUAAUUAAUUUCUAAUUACGUUUAUUUAAAUUUAAAUAACAUAUAAUUAUCCAGCAAUAAUUAUUCUAAAAUGAACUAAAUAUUACUAAUAUUUAGUCAUCAUGGCCAUAACAUUUCCAACCACUAAUUAUUAUUUUGGGAAUAUUCUAAACUAUGAAAGACCUAAUUACGAAAUUACCUAAAUUGUAACUGCGGCUUGCAAAUAUGAUAGUCAGCAGAAGUGAGAAAAAAGUAUGUAUAACAUUUUAAGUAUGAAUAUUUUUCUUACAUAAAAACAUUGAUUCGCUACAGGAGGCCUUUAUUCAGUUCCAGCAUGUGUUCCUCAGGGGGGACUUCUUUCCCUUCUGCUUUUUGCCAUCUGCAUAAACAGCUUGGAUUUAUAUCUGCCACCUUCGGAAAUUCCUGUGAAAUAUGCAGAUGAUCUAACAAUCACAGAGUUUCUAAUGGGAUCCUUACCUGGGCUCACUCAGAAGGCCUUAGAUUCUGUAGCGGAAUGGGGACAGGAAUUUACAUUGGUGUUGAAUGCAGCUAAGACUGUGGAUAUGGUAAUUAGUGCCAGGAGAGAUGACAACAUUCCCUACCCUCCCUCUCCUGUUAUGUCAGGACAUGCAAUUAGUAGAGUUUCCACCUUUAAAUUGCUUGGAGUUCAAAUAUCCACUGAUUUGUCAUGAGACACCCACAUGAUUUCGAAAGUACUCCCUAGAAUUUACUAUCUUUGUGUUGCCAAAAAAGGGGUCUUCCUUGUGAUGUUUUAGUACAAGUAUACUUGACUUUUAUAUGGCCAGUUCUUGAGUAUGCUAGUCCAGUAUGAACUACCUAAAGGUCUCUCUGAGGAGUUAGAGGAUCCAAAAGUGAUGUUGUCAGAUCAUAGGUGUUCCAACUUCAACUCUCCCAACAUUGAGUGAGAGCCGCGAUGAAGCCACCGUACAUACUUUUACUAAAAUACUCUAAAUACUAAGGACACAUUUUGUGUGUAUCUCUUAUCGCUUCAGACAUUUGCUCUGUUCGAAUGCAAGUGCCCUGCGAAGUGGACAUUACAGGAUAUUCUGCCAUGAUUCCAAUUCGAAGGGAGUGUAUAUAUUCCAUUCAAAGGUCAUUAAAGUGUACGAAACGUGAAUUAAAAUUGUAUUUAUUUAUGUCACAUUUCACACUUCUCUAGUAAGUUUUGUCUGUGUGUGAAUACGCUGCAGGCAGUGGUGUAGCACAAAUAUGUGAAUGAAUGUUCUGAAGAAGCAAAUUUCAACAGAUUUCCCGGGCUCAAUGAGUAGGAAGUAAUGAACACUGUGUAGGGACCAUGUCAAUCGGAACACAGUUCAUGCACUGAGCUCACUUCUAACGAACUGGUUAUCCGAAUCAGGUGUGCCAACUAAGAGAGACAUGCAAAAUAUGCAGAGUGGAGGAGCGCAAGGGCUGGAAUUGAGAACCACUGCCCUAGCUGAACUGUGACAAGUGAUGUCUGAAGUGGGAUCAUAAUGCCACCCAAAACCAGACAAGACCGAGGUGCAAUGCCAGAAGAAUAGCCAGGGUUAAGUCAGGAGGCAGCCAGUACUACUGAGUUUCCAGGAACAGUUGAUGAGAGUGUGGGUUGACAUCAUAACAUCUACUCUUGCUGUGGGCUCAACAGAGGGAAAGGUGUCAGAACUGGCCGGCUUGAUUAAAGUACUCCAGCAGUCACAAGCAGCCCAUGACAAUAGAAUGAACAAGUAACGGUGAAGCAAGACCAGCAUUUGCAGAGUAUGCAGCACCAAUUCCAGCAAAUUCAGCACAAGGUCUUUGAGAUCCAGGCUGGAGGAGACCGACAGGGAAGUCUGACAACCUCUACAACUGUAAGCCCAUGUAGUUAAUUAGCUUAAAUGGGAAUUGUAUAUAAAUAAUUACAAUUAAUUAUGAUUAAUUACAGUUAUUUAUAUCGGCUGACAGUAAUAACUGUAGCAGAAUUAAAUUGCCAUCAACAGAUCUGUUCGUCCAGCGACCAUUCAGUGUAAGUUCAUAUCAACUCUAAGAAAGGAUAUUUCCGUGGCCACAGAAAAUACUUUCCUAAGUAUUAAUGCAUUAGAGCAUGUAGUAAGGAUCGAAAAUCGUAAAGGGACAUUAAUUUGGAAGGCAGAACCGGAAACUCAUGUAAUUUGUGCACACAGCUUUUAUUAACUAAGCGCUAACACACAUAACUAAUCUAAACAAACAAACAUACACUCUUCGCGUAUAUACAAAAGGGGAGCUAAAUUGGAUGAAUGAAGCCAUUAGAGAAAACAGAAUGCAGUUAUGGAAAGAGUCAGUUAACCACCUGAGUAAAACCAUCAGCGCCGUUUAUAACGGCAGUCUCAGAUGAAAGUCUUAAUGGUUUCUAGGUUUUGGACUCGCGAUCACGUUUUUCCGGGUUGAAGAGUGAUGAAUUCCACAAGAUGUUAUUCUGGUUCUGAGGUCCGAAGAGCUUUGGUUGAAUGGAAAGUCAAGGCCGCAAGGCCUGGCACAAAACCUAAGUGUCCCGAAGAGUUCUAGCUCACAUCCUUUUAGGAUCUAACAGAACCGCAGACUGAGAUAUGUUGGAGCCCACCGGGCACGCCGGUACCGGCUCAGGUUCUCCACACGGGCAGCAGUCCAGAGAUUUAGCAGAAGAGCUUUUUCAGAAGAGAGCGGAACUGUGCAUGAGCCCUUUAAUGUCUGCAAAGAGUCACACCUCUCAGGAUGGGCUUGAGCAAUGAGAGAGGCUUAAUUUCCAAGCGGGAGUUUGGAAAUACUGGGGGAUUUCCAAACUUUUAUGACCCUUUGUCUGAGAGCAUGGUAAUUUGCAAAGGGGUUGGAUUGGAAGUUGGUAUACAAACUAUUAAAGAUUCUUAGGACAUUAAUAUGUUGCAUAGGUAUCAACAUGUAAUAUUCACUCUCAAUUAGAUCAUCCAAAGACGAAUUGAUAGAGACCAGACAGGUUACAGAUAGAGUGAUAUUAACUAGUGAUCUAUCAUAAGCAUGCAUAAAACAGUAUAUAAUACACAAAAACAUACAAGAACAGUAAUAAUAUACACAGUGACCUGAAUGAUAUGUGUGUUCAUUCAAAGAAAGGUUUUUCUAUGAAUUAAUUAGAGAAGAGUCCAUUUUAUGGCAUAAUGCCUUUCCUAUAGGAAAGAGGUAGUGAAAUGCUCUGCAUUUGCAUUCCUUUGAGCAAUAAAACUAGUGUUAUCUGAUGGGUUGCCAUGGGACUGGGGGCCUGAAGUCCUUGACAGUCCAACUGGCACUGGGUAUGUGUAUUGGGUGAGGGGUCUGUGACUAUUCGUUAAUCUAAUAACUAAUUGAUUUGUUAAAUCAAAUGCAAAAUUGUGUGUCUGAUUGGUCCAAAUGCUACACCCAGUACCAACAGGAGAAGUUACAUCAGAAGGAAAUAUCAAGCCGAGAUUACAUCCCUUGACAAGAGAUGACAACAUUGAGCAGUUCCUGACAACUUUUGAGAGGAUGGCUACCGCAUGCAGAUGGCCUAAAGCCAAUUGGGCAAUAAGACUGGUUCCCCUGUUAACAGGAAAGGCAUGCAGUGCCUAUGUGGCCAUGGACUGAUGUUGAGGACUAUGAUAAAGUCAAAGAGACCAUACUUAUAAAAUAUGAGAUUAAUGCAGAGAUCUACCAGCAAAGGUUUCGCUCUUCAGAGAUUCUAUCAGAUGAGACCCCCUUCCCCACCUCCCCUCAUUUUCUUGGAGCAAUUUAUGAGAAUGAUAAGCCCUGACAUUGCAGUGUGGAUCAAGGAGCAUUAUCCAGCCACAGCAGAAGAAGCAGCCAAGCUUGCUGAGAGGUAUCUGGCUGCACGCCGAGAUGCCCAGUGCAGCUUUGGAGGUCGGAGUCAAAGUAAGUAAGUCUGGGGGUGAGGGUGGUCAUGACCAAUGCAAAGUGAGUUUUUAAUAAUUUAUUAUUAUUAUUUUUUAAUUAAAUUAUACUAAAUGAUGUUUAUGAAAAUAUUUUAAAAAAAAAUAAAUGAAGAAAGUGUACUGUGCUGGGUAGGUUUAGGGGAUGAUACAGUAUAAAUAUUAAAGGUUCUAAAUAUAAUGUAGAAACUUAAAUUUUCUGUGAUACAAGCACAAAUAUACAAAUAAAUGUGAAUAAAACAGAAAUUUUUCAUGUCUGGACGUAUCGGGUCCACAAUGGCCCUUAUCGUUUGGCCUGUUAAAAUAUAUAUAUUGUUUUCCCUUUUCUUAUUUCGAUGUCGCCGGUUCCUCAUUACAAAAUGCUUUGUUACCUAAAACUAGUGUAAAUGUUUUAUAUUGCGUGUAAUUGCAUUAUUUAUUUAUUUAUUUAUUUUCAUUUAAUAGAAGAAAAUAAGACUCGGGAUGAUUGAAUGCGCACACGUACACGUGUGUGUGUGUGUGUGUGAGAGAGAGAGAGAGAGGACUUUUCCAACUUAAACUAAACACAAUUUAGAUUGAAUGGGGUUCCUUGCAAAAGGAGAAAUUAUUUUUCUCUUGUUAAAAUGUAAGAGGGUUUUAUUUCUUUGUUUUAUUUCCAAUUCAUUAUUAGGAGUGUUAUUUAAUUAUAUCUUAUAAAAGCAACAGAGUAUAUGUGUGAAUACGCACAUUGUGAUAUGCUCGUAUAAUCUGUUAAAAUGGUUUAUUUAUUAUUUGUUUAUUGUCCUUAAAUCCAAUAUCUUUUUCAUACAUCUCCCAUAGAGGGAGAGCCCAUAACACCCCGUGCCUUGGAACGCAACCGGACACGUGGUCCGCAGAUGGGCAAACCCCCACCGGAUGAGCAUAAAAUCUUCAAAAACAUUACCCGACAGCUCAUUUAUGGUUUUACCACCGGACGGACACUUGUACAAACAACAUAUCUCAUCCCCGGAUGUCUUCGGAAUUUCACGCAUUCCAAAUCCUCACAUCUGGAUCUCAUUAACGGGUCAACAUGACGUGGGUAGUCGCUAUGUGGGUGGGCCGUGUGGGGGAGGGGAAAAGCCAUAAAUCAAUUAUAUCAUAAAUCAUUUUUGUCACAAGCUAUGCCAUAUUGACUACUAAUAUAGUCAUGUAAUGCGGUCAAAACCUGCCUGAAACUACGUUCGCCGUGCGUUUCCCUGAAAAUAAUUGCACACCUUAGAACGUUCAUCAGCCAAAUAGAUUCAAGCAUUCAACGGCCCUGUAGUAUAAAUGUUUAUAUGUAACUGAAAAAAAGCACAAAUAUCAGGGCAUAUCAAAACUUCUCCAGGGCCCCAAAACCCCCUCAGACCCCAGAGGGUUAAACACAGAAAUUUUACAGUUUUAGCCACUAAAUGAGCUCAUUUCAAAUUUGAUGCCUGCUACAGGUCUCAAAAAAGUUGGCACGGCGGCAAGAAAGGACUGAAAAAGCAAGGCAUUUUGAAAAGAUUCAGCUGGGAGAACAUCUAGCAACUAAUUAAGUUAAAUGACAUCAGGUCUAUAACAUGAUUAGCAAUAAAAGGGUUGUCUUAGAGAGGCAGAGUCUCUCAGAACUAAAGAUGGGCAGAGGCUCUCCAAUCUGUGAAAGAGUGCUUAAAAAGAUUGUGGAAUAAUUUAAAACAACGUUCCUCAACGUCAAACUGCAAAGGCUUUGCAAAUCUUCUACAGUGCAUAACAUCAUCAAAAGAUUCAGAUAAACUGGAGAAAUCUCUGUGCAUAAGGGAAAAGGCUGAAGACCUUUGUUGGAUGCCUGUGGUCUUCAGGCCCUCAGACGACACUGCAUCACUCAUCGGCAUGAUUCUGUCACUGACAUUACUAAAUGGGCCCAGGAAUACUUCCAGAAACCAGUGUCGGUAAACACAAUCCGCCGUGUCAGAAAGCCAUAUGUGAACAUGGUCCAGAAGCGCCGUCAUGUCCUGUGGGCCAAGGCUCAUUUAAAAUGGACUGUUUCAAAGUGGAAAAUUGUUCUAUGGUCAGACGAAUCCAAAUUUGUCAUUCUUGUUGGAAAUCAUGGACGCCGUGUCCUUCGGGCUAAAGAGGAGGGAUACUUUCCAGCGUUCUAUCAGCGUUCAGUUCAAAAGUCAGCAUCUCUCACCCAUGGUAUGGGGGUGCAUAAGUGCAUACGGUAUGGGCAGCUUGCAUGUUUUGGAAGGCACUAUGAAUGCUGAAAUGUAUAUAAAGGUUUUAGAGCAACAUAUGCUCCUCUCCAGAUGACGUCUAUUUCAGGGAAGACCUUGUGUAUUUCAGCAGGACAAUACAAAACCACAUACUGCAGCUAUUACAACAGCAUGGCUUCGUAGUAGAAGAGUCCGGGUGCUGAAUUGGCCUGCCUGCAGUCCAGAUUAGAGGUCUUCACGGAGGACCCGAGACCGGACCCGGGUCUAUAUUUUAAAUGGUCAGCCAGAUCGGGUCCCAAUCCAUUACUUCGGGUCCCUGGUCUAUUUAACAUUGUGUGUAAUACCCGAGUCGAUCGGAGAACACCGCACCCGCCAGAGAUCAGUGUCAGUUAGCAUGCGUGUGUUUUGUAACUAAAAAUAUAACAAAAUAACUAAAAAUAUAACAAAAUACCUAACUACGUAAUACUAUUAUUGUUAGAAAUUGCAACAAAAUAAAAAAUUGAAAUAUUAACUUUUGAACUGCAGGUUUCGUCUGGCCAGAGGAGAACUGGCCCCCCGACUGAGCCUGGUUUCUCCCAAGGUUUUUUUUUAUCCAUUCUGUCACAGAGGGAGUUUUGGUUCCUUGCCGCUGUCGCCUCUGGCUUGCUCAGUUGGGGACACUUAAUUUCUAGCGAUUAUCGCCGAUUUGAUUGCACAGAUACUAUUUAAACUAAACUGAGCUAGACAAUGACAUCUCUGAAUUCAAUAAUGAAAUGCCUUUAACUGAAAAUUGAGUGUUUAAUCUUAUCAUUAUACAUUACUGACACUAUCUUCCAAUUUCAUACUGUUAAGUUCUUUGACACAAUCUGUAAGCGCUAUAUAAAUAAAGGUGACUUGACUUGACUUGUAACUUGCAGUUUGUAAAAUUAGGAUGAGAAAAGUGUGAGUAGGAAAGAAGUUGACUUUUUUUUUUUAAAACAUGCGUUGCCUCAGCCACCAGAAGCAGAGCACGGGCGGAGUUAAUGUGAUGAUUUCGGCUCACAUUUAACUAAAACCCACCAAUUCACUAUCUCAACAAAUUAGAAUAUGGUGACAUGCCAAUCAGCUAAUCAACUCAAAACAACAGCAAAGGUUUCCUGAGCCUUCAAAAUGGUCUCUCAGUUUGGUUCACUAGGCUACACAAUCAUGGGGAAGACUGCUGAUCUGACAGUUGUCCAGAAGACAAUCAUUGAUUCUGCUUCCGGCUUCGCUACUGUUCGGACGCUCCUGCUUAUUGCUCUGCGCUUCGCUCCCUAUUUAUGUACUUUUCUCAGAUUUCUCUAAGAUUUUAACUUCAGCAUAUCAGCACAGUGCUCAAACAAUACAGUUUUUAGAAAAAGAAGACUCUUUGCCUCCCACUGCCAGCAGUUUACAUUCCGGAGACGGGAAAACACAGCUGCCUACAUUCAAACAGACGGGAAAGAAAAUGCCCCUUGUGGAAUCUACUUGCUGCAUGAACUGCCACAGACUUCUACAAAGGAUUGCGGUUCUUGAAACAAAGUUACUUGCUGGACCUCCAAAACAGGUGGAACACACAGCAGAUUGUCAUCACGGACCCCCUCAGCAUACAGCCGGUGAGUCCUGUGAAUCUAGUGAAUCUCAACAGUUUAUACAAAGUGUAGAGGAACAAGCUGAUCGACAGACUAAUCGAUGGCACAAACAGGGAGCGAGACCCAAAGGCACUCGAGACAUCAGAUUGUCACGAGUAUCUCGUAUUGCUGCGGUAGCAUCCUCUACCCCAGAUACGGCUAUGACAAGACUUGUAAACACUGGCAUUCUACAACCCCCUAUACAUCUUGAGAAUUGAUUUGAAGCAUUAAUGAAUGUGGGUGAGGAAUCCCCAAAUGUGACAAAACAUGGAUCGAAUCAGCCAGCAGCUAACAUCGCUACUAACAGGUGCUCAUGGUCGAGCAGACAGCGGCACUCAGCUCAGAGUGCAGCCGAGCCCAGGACUCUGAUAGUGGGCGACUCUAUUAUCAGAAACAUCAGUAGCAGGACUACAACUACAUGCUGCUUUCCUCAAGCAACCGUCUCUGAUGUGAACAAGGAACUUCGGAACAUUCUGAUGAAGCACAAGACUGCAAAUCAAAUCAUCAUCCAUGUGGGGAAGAACGAUAUUCGGAAAGAGCAGUCAGAACUGCUUAAGAAGGAUUUCAGUGAACUCUUUGAAACACUUCAAAGACUUGAAGUUCAGUCGUUCAUCAGUGGACCACUCCCAGCAAGGGGAACUAACAUGUUUUCACGGCUGCUUGGGCUGAAUACAUGGCUACAAAGAACCUGCAGUACAAAAGGAGUCAACUUCAUCGACAACUUCAAUAUUUUCUGUGGCCAUAGACAACUGUUUAAACUGGAUGGCUUCCACCCAAACAAACUUGGUGCAAGAGUCCUAAAGGACAAUAUCUAUUUCUCCCUCUGUCAUUCUUCAGUGGUGUGUGCCAAUCCACUUGGCCUCAAUGGCACACACACACCUGGACAGAAUAUGAGUGACCACAGGACUUCCUGUCAGCCUCAGAGUCAUCUUGUGGUUGACACAUACCACAAGGACAUUGAUAACACCACGCAGCCAAAACAAACUUUCCUCAUGGAAACUAUCCCGGCGGAGCCCUGCCCAACGAGCUCUUCACAUACAGACUGUGACGUACUACAACAGCUCCAAGACUCAGCACCCAAGGACAACUAUCUGGAAAACAGCCAGGGAAGCCAGGACAUUUCACAGCCACCGGAAACACCAGAGCCAGAGCCCCGCUCACCAGGCACACUAUUCCUCUCUCCAGAAUCUCCACUUCUAAGCUUCUCACAGAAAAUGGAGGAACUGGUGUAUGCUGGGACCAAACUCUCCCACUCGUUCGCUGCAAGCCCCCAGAUAUCAACUAAAAAACGGCGGGCCCCACAACCACCAAAGACAGCAGGCCCAGCUCUCCCUCUUCCUCCUGUGAGAGCUCUCCGACCGCUGCCACAACACCAGGGCCCAAACCCUCCUCCAUCGGCUGUAGGUGAACCAAAAACAACUGAUAACAGCUCUCAGUGAUAUGUGUCGGGUCCCCGCUAUAUUAGCAGCAACAUUCACAAAUGUUCACAGAACAAGCGGGAACCCAGUGUGCCUGUAGCCUUCUAUAUUUCUGUUUUAUCACGUGAUAGAAAGUCUAAGGCCUUCUCAAGCCAUACGGCUGACCCAUCUAAUCUGCGGCCUAUAAUGCGUCAAUCUGAGAUUGCUGUAGAGACAAAAUGUAAUUCCAUUAAGUUAGCAUUUUUAAACAUCUGUCCCUAAAAAAUAAAUCAUUUCUGAUCAAUGAUUUUAUAACCACAAACAACCUGGAUUUUAUGUUUCUAAAUUAAACAUGGCUUGAAGACAGCUGCAGUGCAACAGUCCUAAAUGAAACAGCCCCUCCUAACUUUAAUUUUACAAGUGUCUGUAGGACUGUUAGGAGAGGUGGAGGUGUAGCUGCUCUAUUUAAAGAUGUUUAUCAAUGCAAGCAAGUGUCAUUUCGUCAGUAUUUGUCCUUUGAAUACCUAGGUAUUGUGCUGAAAGGUGCUCCACGCAUUCUGUUUAUCAUUAUUUACAGGCCUCCAAAAUACUCUCCAGCCUUUGUUGAAGAGUUCACAGAACUGUUAUCAAUGAGUUUAACUGUUUUACUAUUGCAGGGGAUUUUAAUAUUCACAUAGAUAAUGCAGAAAUCAAAACUGCAAAAGAAAUUAUAACUGUUUUAAACACUUUUGAUCUGACCCAGCAUGAGCAUGGACCCACACACAAUCGUGGACACACUCUAGAUUUAAUCAUCAGUAGAGGUCUAAACAUUUCAUUCACUGUUAUUAAGGAUGUAGCACUAUCUGAUCACUUCUGUAUUUUCUUUGAUAUAUUGAUCUCUGUUACCACUGAAUCUAGAUCUGUCUCUGUCAGAAAGAGAUGCAUUAACGAGAACACUAUUGCGCCAUUUAUGAAGGCUAUAUCUUUAACACCAAGCAUUUCUGCAGACUCUGUUGAUCUUCUCCUGGAUUCUUUUAACUCAAAAGUUAAGAAUGUUAUUGAUGAUAUUGCUCCGGCAAGGGUCUGCAAGAAGAAUGGCAGACAAAAAUCACCAUGGAGAAAAUCAACAGCAGUUCAGAGUAUGAAAAGACAAUGCAGAAAAGCUGAGCGGAUGUGGCGAAAGACAAAACUUGAAAUUCACUAUAGCAUCUAUAAAGACAGCCUUCAUGCUUUCAAUGUGGAACUAGCCACAGCUAGACAGACCUUCUUCUCAAACCUUAUAAACAGUAACUUAAACAACUCUCGCACUCUUUUUGCUACUGUGGAGAGACUGACAAACCCCCCCAAGUCAGAUUCCCAGUGAAAUGCUCUCCGACAGUAAAUGCAAUGCGUUUGCUUGCUUCUUUUCUGAGAUCAAUAAUAUCAGAAAGGAGAUUGGCAUAUCUACUUUUGCAGAGGUCACACAGAUUCGACCGCAAUUUCAAAAAGUAGUGACUAUGUCUGUUUUUGGAGAAAUUGAUAGAAACAUUUUGAAAGAAAUAGUACAGCACCUUACAUCGUCAACAUGCUAUCUUGACACACUUCCCACAUCUUUUUUCAAAAGUGUGCUUAACUGUUUAGAAGCAGAUCUCUUAGAAGAGGUGAACGCUUCACUUCUUUCUGGGACUUUUCCAAACUCCCUGAAAACUGCAGUUGUUAAGCCCCUUCUGAAAAAGCGCAAUCUUGAUAACACGAUGUUGAACAACUAUAGACCAAUAUCAAAUCUUCCUUUCAUAGGUACGAUUAUUGAAAAGGUCGUUUUUAAUCAGCUAAACAACUACAUGAACUCAAAUGGAUACCUGGACAAUUUUCAAUCUGGUUUCCAAGCACAUCAAAGCACAGAGACUGCGCUUAUUAAGAUAAUAAAUGAUAUUCGCUUCAAUUCUGAUUCAGGCAAAAUAUCAGUUCUGGUACUACUAGAUCUUAGUGCUGCGUUUGACACUGUUGAUCAUAACAUACUUCUAGAGAGACUGGAAAACUGGGUCGGGCUUUCUGGGAUGGUACUCAAAUGGUUCAGGUCAUACUUAGAAGGGAGAAGUUAUUAUGCGAGUAUAGGAGAGCAUAAGUCUAAGUGGACGUCCAUGACAUGCGGAGUCCCACAAGGCUCAAUUCUUGCACCACUCUUGUUUAGCCUGUAUAUGCUCCCACUAAGUCAAAUAAUGAGAAAUAACCAAAUUGCCUAUCACAGCUAUGCUGAUGAUUCGCAGAUUUACCUAGCCUUAUCUUUGACUACAGCCCCGUUGACUCCCUCUGUCAAUGCAUUGAUGAAAUAAACUGUUGGAUGUGCCAGAACUUUCUUCAGUUAAACAAGGAGAGAACUGAAGUCAUUGCAUUUGGAAACAAAGAUGAAGUUCUCAAGGUGAAUGCAUACCUUGACUCUAGGGGUCAAUCAACUAAAAACCAAGUCAAAAAUCUUGGGGUGUUUCUGGAGACAGACCUUAGUUUUAGUAGUCAUGUCAAAGCAGUAACUAAAUCAGCAUACUAUUAUCUCAAAAACAUUGCAAGAAUUGGAUGUUUUGUUUCCAGUCAAGACUUGGAGAAACUUGUUCAUGCCUUUAUCACCAGCAGGGUGGAUUAUUGUAAUGGUCUCCUCACUGGCCUUCCAAAGAAGACCAUUAGACAGCUGCAGCUCAUCCAGAAUGCUGCUGCCAGGAUUCUGACUAGAACCAGAAAAUUUGAGCAUAUUACACCAGUCCUCAGGUCCUUACACUGGCUUCCAGUUACAUUUAGGAUUGAUUUUAAAGUACUUUUACUCGUUUAUGAAUCUCUAAAUGGCCUUGGACGUAAAUACAUUGGAGAUAUGCUCACUGAAUAUAAACCAAACAGACCACUCAGAUCAUUAGGAUAGAGUCAGUUAGAAAUACCAAGGGUUCACACAAAACAAGGGGAGUCUGCUUUUAGCUAUUAUGCCACCCGCAGUUGGAACCAGCUUCCAGAAGAGAUCAGAUGUGCUAAAACAUUAGCCACUUUUAAAUCCAGACUCAAAACUCAUCUGUUUAGCUGUGCAUUUGUUGAAUGAGCACUGUGCUACGUCCGAACUGAUUGCACUAUGUAUAAUCACUUUCUAUUCUUAAAUGUUUAAAAUUAUUUUUAAAUCAAUUUUUAAAUCACUUUGUUUUUAUUGUUGUGAUUAUUAUUAUUUUUAAUUUCUUGUUAUUAUUAUUAUUUUUAAUGACUAUUUCACUUCCUUUUAUGUAAAGCACUUUGAAUUACCACUGUGUAUGAAAUGUGCUAUAUAAAUAAACUUGCCUUGCCUUGCAUUGCCUUCACAAGGAGGGUAAGCCACAAACAUUCAUUGCCAAAGAAGCUGGCUGUUCACAGAGUGCUGUAUCCAAGCAUGUUAACAGAAAGUUGAGUGGAAGGAAAAAGUGUGGAAGAAAAAGAUGCACAACCAACCAAGAGAACCUCAGCCUUAUGAGGAUUGUCAAGCAACAUUAAUUCAAGAAUUUGGGUGAACUUCACAAGGAAUGGACUGAGGCUGAGGUCAAGGCAUCCAGAGCCACCACACACAGACGUGUCAAGGAAUUUGGCUACAGUUGUCGUAUCCCUCUUGUUAAGCCACUCCUGAACCACAGACAACGUCAGAGGCGUCUUACCUGGGCUAAGGAGAAGAAGAACUGGACUGUUGCCCAGUGGUCCAAAGUCCUCUUUUCAGAUGAGAGCAAGUUUUGUAUUUCAUUUGGAAACCAAGGUCCUAGAGUCUGGAGGAAGGGUGGAGAAGUUCAUAGCCCAAGUUGCUUGAAGUCCAGUGUUAAGUUUCCACAGUCUGUGAUGAUUUGGGGUGCAAUGUCAUCUGCUGUUGUUGGUCCAUUGUGUUUUUUGAAAACCAAAGUCACUGCACCCGUUUACCAAGAAAUUUUGGAGCACUUCAUGCUUCCUUCUGUUGACCAGCUUUUUAAAGAUGCUGAUUUCAUUUUCCAGCAGGAUUUGGCACCUGCCCACACUGCCAAAAGCACCAAAAGUUGGUUAAAUGACCAUGGUGUUGGUG